UAAUUUACAAGCAAUAUGUUACCCUUAACGCUACCACAGUCAUACUACAAGCCAGAGAGCACGGUGACGGAGAAGUUUCUAGACGACCAGUGCAAGGAGGCCGACGAGGAGUCUGCCAGGCUGCCGGCCUGUGAGGACAAGGAUGACGACCGCGAGGACUUGGAGGAGCAGCCUAUUUUGGAGACAGACAGGAUGAUUGUCAUGGAACAAAAGCUGCCCAAAAGGCCGGUUCUACAUGUUGGUCCGCGGCCUGGCGCUGAAGUCCACUUACCAGUAGUCAGUCCCAGCGAGCAGCUGUCCAGCCAGAAGAUCUGCUUCUCCUCCUACCUGGAGCGCAUGUGCUCGCAGCGGCGGGACAAGGACGGCGUGUCCAAAAUCCGUACGCCAAAACGCCAACGCAAAGACAGCACUACCGACAAAGACAAGGAAAUUGAGUUAAAAAAGUUUAAGUCUGAGGACGCUGACGUCAACAAACUAAUGCACAUCGACGAGACGGCCAUAGACGGCAUCGAACUCAUGGCCAACUACAAGAACAUUCUGGAAGACGAAGAGAAACCAAGCACGGAAGACGAAAAGGAAUUAAAAUCUGAAGAAACCGCUGACGAAGCUGAAACAGUCCUGGAUAAAGAUAUAGCAGAAAGAGACAAAGAUAUAGAUAGAGAUAAGGAGAUGUCGGAAAGGGAUAUGUUGGAAAGAGACAAAGAUAGCUUCUCGGAAAUGGAAGAUGAUGAAAAGUAUGCGAAGAGUGACACGGAUAACGAGAGCGAUCAAGGGAAGAGUGAUAAGGCGGGAAAAACUAAGUUUAAGAACUUGAAGGUAAAAUUCCGCAUACGCCCAAAGAAACGUGGGGGCAGCAUAUACACGCUAGUCAUAGAGAAAGACCAGGAGAAUCAGGACAGCAAGAUUGAGAAAGAGCAGGAGAAUCAGGAUACCAAGCCUGAAGAGCCCAAGCCAGAGGAGGAGCCGAAGCCGGCCAUUGAUGUGGACGCGGCGUUGCGUCAGAUCCGGCGCGGCUGGAGCGCGCACGACGCGGGAGAUCUUACCAUCGGAGACCUUUACUUGAUGUUCGGAUCCCGUUCCAAGCUAGAACUGGACUACUGGUGGGCGGAGCCUACGCCCCCGUUGCCACAGCCUCAGAAGGCUAGCAAGCCCGACCAGCCGCCGAGCAAGCCCGACUUAGACCGACAGCCUGACAGGAAGGCAGAGGGUUCAGUGGAGGAGAGUGACACAGAUAUAUUUUCGCCGAAGCACGCGUUCAGCCAUGAUAGCAAUGAUGCGCUGUCUGGCGAUGAGAGGAAAGGAGAGCAGCUGGCAUCGCCGGAGCACAAGUCGUCUUCGGCCAGCAGCUCGCUGAAGCUGGUCAGCAAGCUCAUCAACCGGCCGCAGCCCGCGCCCGCCGCCGACCGCGCCGGCAUGUCGCAGCUCAGCGAACGAUUGAAGCGUCUGCUCGCCAUGGUGGGCAACCCGCACGUGGGCGGCGCCGGCGCCGCGCGCUGCGGCUGCGGACACGUGUGCGCGCUCCGUCGGCCGGCACAGAAGCAGCAGCCGUGUGGCGCGGCGCCAACGCGGGCUGAGGAGCCGGCGGCGCCGGUGUUCCGGCACCCCACGCCUAUCGCGCCCAGACCUGACAACGAGCUUCAGAAGACGAUGAACCUCGCCGGCGUGCCGCGCUGGCGCCGCGGCCGGCCGCGCCUGGCCGACCGAAGAGUUGUAGUGCAAAGACUUCUACCGUUGUUGCCCAAGCUGCCUCCGCCCAACAAUCUAAUACCAGUCAAGAUCGUGCCGAAUUCUCCUCCGGCGCCGCCGAAAAUAUUGCCCAAACCACCGCCCACCUCCACUUCAGACCUGUCGUUCUUCUACGUGCUAAGCGAGUCCAACGGGCAGUUCUACUUCCAUGACGGAGACCGCCGCAUCCCUAUCACGCCGCUGCCGAGUGUCGACGCGCCGCCGCAAGAUGACCCCAGACAAGUUAAGUCCGAGAUCCUAUCGGCUAAGGCGGACAGUUCGGACGCGACGGACGGCGUCGAUUCUACCCCGGACGGCCACCACGAGCCGGAAACUGACCCCAAGGAGUCGACAGAGGGCAAGGAGGCCGAUUCUGCUGUCAAUGGAGAUAGGAAGGAGAGCGCUGAUAUUGGAAACUUCCUGCCAUCGGAAUCGAUGUCGCUAUCCCCGUCGCGGCUGCUGCGCGAGACCGAGGGCUGGUUCGAGGGCUCCGUGCAGGACUUCUCGCUCAGCAGCUUCCUCGGCCACCUGGAGGGCCGCGUGCAGCCCGAGCUGGCCGUGGACUCCCAGCUCCAUUCCCUAAUGGCCGAGUCGAGUGUGGACUACGUGGCCAAGUUCGCCGACCUCGCCGCCGAGGUCACCGACGAGGUCAACCACCUCAGCGAUGACCUCACCUGAGCCUAAGCCCACCGAGCACCCUCGGCCGUCAGCAAUAAGGUUCACAUUGUGAUAAUUUUGUAGAUCGUUUUACAUGGUAUUGUUUAUGUAUCUAUUUUAUUUUGUACAAUGUACUAUCGGCAACAGUGUCAGAGUAAAUACAAAUGAGUAGGUCAUCUUCAUAGAAACGCACCGAGCGCGGUUUGUAUGGCGGUAUUGGCGCGCUCCUCCAUGCUCCAUUGAUGACCUACUCAUUUGUAUUUACUUUCACAGUGUUAACUACCCAUUGGCGGUCAUGUCGUCUCGUUAUAUCGCAAAUUAUCACCAUUUGGCGAGAGCAAAAAC